AUGUCUGCUGGACAAAUCCUCGCCCGCCUGCGUAUGUGUUGCUGGGCUGAACGCUUGUGCCAGACUGACAGUGAGAUGAAGACUUUCCAGUUGGGUGACGCGAUUGGCCAACCAUGCAAGAGCCAAAGGGUCAAUGUAAGACACCAGUUGACUGAUUCGGCCGCUGUGGCUUCAUCUCCACCAUGUGUGCAUUGUUGGUGUGUGUGUGUGUGUGUGUGUGUCUUUGAGACCUGUACCUCCGAACGAGAUCUGGCGGAGUCUGGCAGAGUCUGGUGGCGUAUGGAGGGAUCGAGCCCCUCUCUCUGUACCACUGGACACAAGUGGAGUCAGAAGGGCAGCUAUGACGACAGACACCGAGAUCCAUCAGCAAACCUUGGAGGCAGCAGAGCUCUGCAUUCAGCUUGCAAUAAAGUGCCAAACCUAAUUGAGUUACUUGCACAAUGA